CCUCUAUAUCUGAAAUAUCAGUACACAUGGUGUUCACUGUUGUGAUAGACGCGGAAGUCUUGCGCUCUGACAUCAACUACAAAUGUUUUAGAUAAGCUUCCAAAUACACUAUCAGUGGAUAUCUACGGGGAAUUAUGUUUUCGCGUUUUUCACGUGACAAAAUGUUUUGACUACACAGAUAAGAUGACAGCCAACAUGAUACUUGUCUUGUUUGUGGUAUUCCAUGUCGUCACACCAUCAUACGGUACUGAUGAGGAAUCUUGCCAAAAGUUAAAAAACAUUACAACACAUUCUCCUAUUGUCAUGGAAAUCAACCAGUUCGGAAUGGUACCUAAUACCACGAAGAAAUCCAAUGGUACAAUCGUCAGUCUGGUAUGUAACGACAAUGUGACCUUGGCAUUGAGUGGCCAGGGUGUGAUUCAAUGUAUAAAUGGAACAUGGAAACCCCGUCAGCCUCACUGCGUCCCAAAACCCGUACCUCCCAAACCGCCGGAGCCCCAGAAUCCACACCUGGACAUCAUAAUAGUAGGAGGUCUUUGUGGCUGCUUUGUUCUCCUGAUACUGGUGUCUGUACCGGAAGUAGUGAAGAAAGGAAAGGCGUGGAGACUAAGGAACAAAAAAGAAACGCUUAUUGAAGAGAACAAUUCUAAAAGGUUUUAUAAAGUAUGGACAUGCGGAAGGAAUACAAAACAAUUUGUCAAGGCGAAAGGACUGUCGGCAUUGAAGCGUGAAGCUUCACGGAUACUGAAGAAAUCUUCCGUAGUGCGCAUCGUUCUAGAGGAGGAUGGAACAGAGAUUGACACGGAUAACAUCCUUGACGCAUGCGCAGAUCAGACAUUAAUGGCGUUAGGUGAAGGAGAACUUUGGUGGGACCGGAAUGUUAACAGUGAUGACGGGCGGUUUGACGAAAAACGACUGACGUUUGAUAUUUGUAACCAGGAUAGAACAAAGAGAAAACUAGUUCUUGGUGCAGACCUACGUGACCUUUGUAGGCAAGGGCAGCUGGUAUUCGGUUACCUCCCCUUGAGUGCCUGUCUAGAAUCAGAUGGAACAAUGAUUGGUCACGACGUGCUGUUUGCCUUUGCCGGAAGUACAAUAAUGCUUCUAGAUCGAGGAGGUGCGUGGUCUCCCGUCACCACUUCCGUCUAUACCUUACCGGAUGUAGACAGGAGAAGGUCACCCAACAGUGUCACUAACGGCAUGAUGUUCAAGGUAUGGUCACAUGAUCAUUCGGUGAAGUUGGUAGUAUUUGCGAAGAAUCUUGCCGACAUUCAUAUCAAAGCUGCCAAAUCUCACGGAGUUCCGAAUCCUGUGGAGAUUUCAGAGCUUUCCACUGGUAAAGUGGUGACAUCAGAUACACAGCUCACAUCUCUAGCCAAUGAUGUUCUGAUAAUAAAGUCUUUGAAGAAAACUGUCGACAACAAUUAUGUAUACAUUGAUGACAUGGCUGAGGGCGUGUCCAGGAGGUGCGUUCACUUCAGGUUGAUUUCCCAACAGGAAAGGAUCGGAGUGAUGACUACGCUGAGGUACAGAAGAUCCGACCCAAUAGAGAACGUCAAGUGAGUGGAGUAAAUAGCUCACAACAAAGUGUGUCGUCCAGCAUUAACCCGUACGGCGUACGACGAAGUAUAGAAAUUCCAUUUACUAGUGGCUUAACGACACCUGAAGACUCGCAGGUUCCAAACAGAAUGACUGAAAACCCUGCAUACGCCAUGUGGCCGGCUAAACAAGCAAAUGAACGAGGCCAAAAUAGUCCAUUUAUCGAACAGGAUCCGCGAUCAACAUCAAUAAACAAUUUCGGAUACCUCCGUGAUAUGUCCGAUGAAUCAAAAAGGAAACAUAACUUUUACGAGAUGACUAAUUUAAAGACUGUACCAAUACACGACAAUAUCUCGGAAUACCCUCGUUCGAGUCGCAGCCAUUUUGAAUAUUCGCAGAAGCCGAUGGUUGUGACAGGGGGCGCUAAACAGUCAAAAUUUAGUGAUGUGUUAUUCUGAUAGAAACAUUUUGGACAGCGAAUAGAUUUUUUUCGCAAAAAAGUAUAGCUAGAUUUGGUAAAAGUGUUAAAGCUUAAAUACCAGAAAACUGAACAUUAACAAAAAAAAAAAAAAAAAAAGGGGGAGGGGCAGAAAAUGUUGAAUGUGACAAAGGUCAGUCAUAUGUUGUGGUACAGACAGUUUUGAAAGGAAAUUUUAGAUAAUUGAUUAAUUUUAUAUAUUAAAAAUCCUCGCAACAGCCAGGGUCUGAUGAGGAAUGAUGUCACGGAGACACCUACAGAGACAAACAAAGCUCAGAAAAAUAGAGCAGUCAGAAAAAAGAAACUUAAGAUCGCAAGUGUUGUAGUGAGGACAGAAGUUAUAUUUUAAUCUCCUCAAUGUCCAAUAAUAGAAGACACCAAAGGAAAUCCCCGAUUCAUCAUAGACCUCUACCUUUAGUCACAUUCUACCAUUAACAUGCACUGGAAUGGGUACACGUCAUGCAUUUAUCGUUCGCAUACCAAAAAUUACUCUAACACUUACCAUGCAUAAUCCAACACCUAUCAUACAUAAUCCAACACCUACCAUACAUAAUCCAACACCUACCGUACCAUACAUAAUCCAACACCUACCGUACCAUACAUAAUCUAAACACCUACCGUACCAUACAUAAUCCAACACCUACCGUACCAUACAUAAUCCAACACCUAACAUACAUAAUCCAACACCCACCAUACGUAAUCCAACACCUAACAUACGUAAUCCAGCACCCACCAUACAUAAUCCAACAUCGACUAUACAUAAUCCAACACCCACCAUACAUAAUCCAACACCUACCAUACAUAAUCCAACACCCACCAUACGUAAUCCAACACCCACCAUAUGUAAUCCAGCACCCACCAUACAUAAUCCAGCACCCACCAUACAUAAUCCAACACCCACCAUACAUAAUCCAACACCCACCAUACAUAAUCCAACACCCACCAUACAUAAUCCAACACCUAACAUACAUAAUCCAACACCCACCAUACAUAAUCCAACACCUACCAUACAUAAUCCAACACCUACCGUACCAUACAUAAUCCAACAUCCACCAUUCAUAAUCCAACACCUAACAUACAUAAUCCGACACCUACCAUACAUAAUCCAACACCUACCAUACAUAAUCCAACACCUACCAUACAUAAUCCAACACCUAACAUACAUAAUCCAACACCCACCAUACAUAAUCCAACACCUACCAUGCAUAAUCCAACACCUACCAUACAUAAUCCAACACCUAACAUACAUAAUCCAACACCUACCAUACAUAAUCCAAUACCUAGCAUACAUAAUCCAAUACCUACCAUACAUAAUCCAACACCUACCAUACAUAAUCCAACACCUACCGUACCAUACAUAAUCCAACACCUAACAUACAUAAUCCAACACCCACCAUACAUAAUCCAACAGCUACCAUACAUAAUCCAACACCUACCAUACAUAAUCCAACACCCACCAUACAUAAUCCAACACCCACCAUACAUAAUCCAACACCUACCGUACCAUACAUAAUCCAACACCUAACAUACAUAAUCCAACACCCACCAUACAUAAUCCAACAGCUACCAUACAUAAUCCAACACCUACCAUACAUAAUCCAACACCCACCAUACAUAAUCCAACACCCACCAUACAUAAUCCAACAGCUACCAUACAUAAUCCAACACCUACCAUACAUAAUCCAACACCCACCAUACAUAAUCCAACACCUACCAUACAUAAGCCAACACCUAACAUACAUAAUCCAACACCUACCAUACAUUAUCCAACCCACUGAUGUGCGGUGAGAUAUCAAAGACAGUCUGGUUUUAUUUGUCAAUAUUUGGUUAGUAACUAAACCGAAGGUUUAAGUGUAAUAAUCCCUGAUAAUGAAUACUUCCUUCAGUGUUUAAUAAGGUCUAGAACGUCAAGGCGAGUGAUGUACGCCAUGAGAGGAAGCCCUCAGUAAAUAAACACCGAUAGUGUUGCUACCACAAGGACUAGACCCGCUCCUAUGGGUCUGUAAGAAAUUUAACCGAAAACUUAAGAUUAUUAUUUACUGAUAACGAUGACCAUAUAUCAUUCAGUGUUAAUCAGCGAUAGAGAACGUCAUUGAGAAUUUAAAUAUCAAAACACAACUGCAUACAUUAAGUCCAGAACGGCAAGGCGAGUGAUGUACGCCAAAUGAGAAAACCCUCUCUAUCUAGACACCAAUAGCGUUGCCAAGGACUAAACCCGUUACCAUGGCCAGGAUAACGAAAUUCCUCCAAGGUCUAGGGAGCUCUCAGGUUAAAUAUUUCUUUCCGGGGCAUAGAAACGUGUGUAGCACUCGACCCCAGUAGCUGAAUCAUAUGUUGAUAUCGGCACACCUUCGUUAGGAUAGGUGUGGGUAGGAUAGGCCAGUAGAUACACUUCCAGGAAGUAAUGCUAUCGUCAUUUGUUAUCAUGUCGUACGAUGUCGGAUUUAUCUCCUAUACCGUCAUCUACAGGAUCGCUAUCUGCAUUGUAUAUAUACUUAUAUAUUAUUUACGUUUAACUUACUAACAUGCUUGAUUUUGUUGUGUGUCAAUAAAAAAGUCAUUACUUUA